GCACACAGAGACGCCGUGCAGGGUGAGUGGCAAGCCUUCCUCAACUUGUGUCUCGCACAGGAGACACACCUGGACAACAUUGAAGACUACAAGAAGUUCCAGCUGGAUGCGGAGACGUUGUCCGAGUCCCUGGACAGACUCAAUUCCACCCUGGACCCAAAUUCUCUGGCCGACAAGAGCAACACUGAAGUCCUGUUGGCGCUGGAGGGAGAUGAACCAGCAGUAAAGAGGAACGAGCAGCGUCUCGCUGACCUCAGGGACAUCAGCAACAGCAUCGCGCCUCUGAAGUUACGCCGAAUGCAGCCCGCCAAACCCACCACUGCGGUGUCCCUGUGUGACUGGGCGGAUGAAGAUGACACAGUGAAGCGCGGUGAGGUGCUAAACCUAAAGUCCAACGCCGAUAAUAAAAACUGGGAGCUUCAGACCAGCAGUGGGAAGAUCAGAACGCUCCCUGGAGCAUGUUUCAUGGUCCCGCCCCCUGACGCUGAGGCCGUGGAAAAAGUAAACAGGUACAGAGCGCACACUCCCCACCUACA